UGACAAUCGAACGUUUGCGUUUGCUGGCAACAUGGCGCAGACGUCCAUGACGCGUGAGGCGUGUGCCACGCUCUGCUACACCUUCAACUUUUCGCUCAGCGCCGUUGAGUACGGCUACCAAUGCUUCUGCGGCACCCAAGCUGAAUUCCACCGCGCAGUCUCGGCGCCUUCCUCCGACUGCAACGAACCAUGCACGGGGGCUUCGACCGAGAUGUGCGGAGCAGCCAAUCGCAUGAACAUCAUCCAAGCAAACUGUUCCGGCAAACCCCUUCCCACAGGCCAUGCGUGCCUGUCUGCGGCGACGAAGGAGUUGCCGUUCUGCAACGCGAGUCUGUCCAUUGGUGCCCGCCUCAACGACCUCAUUGGACGCCUCAGUCUUCAGGAGAAGGCCGGCCUCGUUGGCCCCGAUCCCGUCACCAGUCCAUGCGCCUUCCUUGACUAUGGCGUCAAGAGGCUCGACAUUCCGCCGUAUGUGCAACUGGUGGAGACGAACACGGCCGUUGCCUCUGCGUGCAUCAUCAGCCAGGACAAGUGUGCCACGACGUUCAUUGAGGCCCACAGGUCUUGGCGCAGCCGUCAACCGAGUGUCAUAUCCACGGAGAUGCGCGCCUUCAACAAUCUCAACUGGCACAGGGGCGGCGGUGUCUUGCAGAAGAUCGGACUCACAGGCCACUUCUUGAGCGGCGAUUGCGCUGCUGCUUACUUGGCCGGCUGCCAGAACGGCCCAGACAGGAAUGGCAGCAGGUACGGACACGCAUCCACACUCACACAUGCGUGUCGAGACAACCGCGUGGCAUUCAACGGGAACAUCUCCACCUCUGACCUCUGGGACACCGAGGCGCAGGCACUUGCUGCCAUGUGCUCGUACGCCAGCAUCAACGGCGUGCCCUCUCCGUGUGCAAACAACAUGCUGCUCAACGACGUCGUGCGCGGGCAGUGGAAGCGUGACAUGACGCCGAACGGUGGCGUGGAUAUGGAGCUCGGGGAGACAUACUUCACCACAAACGGCUACUUGGCGCAGGCUGUGAAGCAAACCCGCACGACAAUGGACACGAUGCACAACGCCGCAUCGACGAGUGCACGGCCUGCGGACCCAAGCCUCACCUCCAGUAACGCCCGCUGCAUCAGCGAGUGUCCCGACGGCAAGUAUGAGCUCGGCCAACGGCAACCUCACCAGUCGCGCAUUGCCCAUUGCCCUCUCGAUUACUUCUACGCCAAGGCCCACCGCUGCGUGCCAUGCACCACGUGUGGCAUGGGCACCUGGGCCUCCAUCCCAUGCUCCGCAUCCUCCGACGCCGUCUGCUCUCCCUGGACCGAGUGCAAGCCUGGCCAGAAGUCUGUCUCUGGCAACGCCGUGCGCGACGACGCAUGCGUGAGCUGCACCCUCGGCAUGGAGUACCAGCCGCUGUCGGACCGCGCCUCGUGCUUCUCCACCAGCAUGUGCGAGGACCCCUUCAUCGAGACCAUCCCGCCCACGCUCACCACAGACCGCCUGUGCUCCUGUGACACGUUCACCUGCAACAAGCUCAUCACGCAGCUGUUUGAGGAGAUGGUGUGCGCCGAGCCCACGGACGAGCAGCUCGACGUGGUGCUUGACGUGUGCUGCCCCGACCAGGGCGAGGACGGCAUCCGCGACACCAUUCGCCAGAUGGACGCCUACGAGGCACGCCACUCCUGCCCAGGCUGCACAGACACGUGCGAGUGCAGCGCUGGCUCCAUCCUCGUCUACGACGCCGACUCGGCCGACUGUCGGCCAUGCGACGGCGUGACGGAGUUCUCCCCAUCCAUUGGCGGCAGCAAGUGCGCGCCCAUUGAGGAGUGCGAGCGCGGCCAGGAGGAGGUUUCUGCGCCAACCCGCUGCUCCUCGGACCGCGUGUGCCGCGACUGCCCGGCCGGCACCAUCGACGCGGACAGCGACGGUUCCACCGGUUGCCAGAUGUGCCCCGCCAGCCACUACACGGAGGCGGGCUCCCACGGCUCCUGCUCCAGCUUCACCUGCCACGCCAGCACCCACGACCACCACGACAGCGACCCUGCCACCCCGUGCAACGACGUCACAGAGUGCGCGCCCGGGUUUGAGCAGGUGCAGGCGAUGACACUCCUCAUCAGUGACCGCGUCUGCGACGAGAAGUUGGAGGGCACCGACCACGUGUGCAGCCAGUGCGAGCUUGGCGCCACCUUCAAGCCCGUCGAACGGCCGGGCCGAGUCAUGCCGCCCCGUCACUCAGUGCGCGAGUGCGAGUUUGGCACCUUCCAGAGCCAGGUGCCCACGCUCGACUCCAACCGCGAGUGCACGCUGGAGUGCUCCGAGUGCCCCAGCGGCCGCUUCGAGAUUCGCGCCUGCUCCGCGCUGGAGGACGUGCAGUGCGCCGGCUGCUCAGCGUGCCCGCCGAACACAUACAUCCUGCGCGCCUGCGACUCGGGAGAACGACGUCUCUUGCCAGCAUACCGCAGCGCGCCAUGCACCGCCACCAGCGACACGGAAGUGCACGAUACUCGACGUGUGCGACCAGGACCAGUUUGGGCUGUUCCCCGCCCCCACGCCAACCACGGACCGCAUCUGCCGCGACCUGACCCAGUGCAACCCGUCGACGGAGUGCGAGCACACCGCCUGUGCCACCUCAUUACCAAGUGCGACCCUGGCGAGCAGCGCGCAUUCGAGCACCCACCUCAACCUCCGACACCAAGUGCAAGCCGUGCCCCAUCGGCACCACCGACCACGACCGCAACCCGCUCACCGCCUGCCAGCCGUGCCCCCUACGGCCACUAUGUGCCCGCGGGCUCCAUCGACUCCUGCGAGCAGUUCCUGUGCCCAGCCGGCACCGCGGACCUGGACCGCAACGCCAGGCUGGCGUGGACUUUGCCGCCCUCUCUAGCCCAGCGCGAUUGCACUGAUGUGACGGAGUGCGACCUCGGCUGUCAUGAGGGAAUGCGCCCUACCAUGCGCCUCACCAUCCUCACCGACCCACCAGUGCUGCCGCGGCAUCGAGGGCCUGUUCUGCAGCGACAGCAACACAGACUUCUGCACACGCGGCGUCCACCACCAUCAGCACGGACCGCGAGUGCCAGAUGGGCCACACGUGCCCCGACAACACCCCGUUCAUCUCGCGCCCGCUCACGCCCACGACGCAGAAACACAGACAUCUGCUCGCCGUGGACGCAGUGCAGUGCCUGUGCAACAGAGUACGAGCUCGUUGCGCCGUCGCUGGUCAACGACCGCGAGUGCCAGCACAUGCGCUCGUGCAAGGACACGGAGCGCGAGGUGUCGGCGCCCACGGCCACGACAGACCGCCUCUGUGCCACCAUGAGCGACGCAUUCAACGCCCUUGCCGGCACACAGUCGCGCCGCGAGGCGUUUGAGGCCGCGCUGGGCACCAUUAUUGCCACCGUCGCUUCCAUCAACGAGGACUUUACGGCGCGCCUCUUCAACCGAUCCGUCUCUGGCGACAUCACUGAUAUGGGCUUCACCGCGUCAAAGUGCGAGGCCGACGCGUUCCUGGAACCUCGUCUCUUUGUGCUGCCAGCACAUGCCACCUUCACCUCCCACAUCUUCGUCAUCAUCAUCAUCCCUGCUGCCACCACCACCACCCACGACAGCAAACUGCUCAAGGCAUUGGAUGCUGUUGGCUUCUGGGACACCACGGCGUUUGUUGGAAGUGACACCAGCAGCAGUGAUGGUGGUUGUGGUAGUGCACGCCAUGGUAACAGCACCGACAGCUGA